CAUUAAAAGAAAAUUCGAACGCGUCAAUCCAUCCAUCCCUUUCUCAUCUCAAAAUUCAGAUUCUCAAUCACUUAAAAAAAGAAAUUAAAAUCAAAAUUAAAGUAAGAAUUCAGAUGUCCGUCCGUCCGGCCGUUUUAAUUACUAAAACGCGGUUCAAAUCUUUGUCAUCAUCAUCGUCAACAUCACUACCUCACUACUUUCUCUCUGUCAUCUCCAUCAAUAUUAUAUUCACUCUCUCUUUAUGUCUCUAUAAAUCUCACACACACUCUCUCUCUGGAAUUUCUUCAAUCAUUUCAAAUUCUAUUCAGAGUUUCAGACCCCAUUUGUCUCAAGACUCAAUUCCAGCUAAUUAAACCAAAAAGCACAGAUUUUGCAAAAAAAGAAAGAAAAAAGAAAGGUCUAAUUUGUUAAAAGGAGGCCAUUAAUUAAUGGCAGGAGGAGGUGAAGAAGGAGAGAUUGAUGCGAAUUCAUUAGAAUUUACACCAACAUGGAUUGUUGCAAUGGUUUGUUCACUCAUUGUAUUCAUAUCUCUUGUUGUUGAAAGACUUCUUCAUUCACUUGGAAAGUAUUUGAAGAGGAAAAAUCAAAAGCCUCUUUUUGAAGCUUUACAGAAAAUCAAAGAAGAAUUGAUGCUUUUAGGGUUCAUUUCAUUGCUACUGACGGUGUUUCAAAACACAAUCUCUAAAAUCUGUAUACAUGAGAGGUGGACUAAUCAUCUACUUCCAUGUAGUAAGCCUGGGCUUAAAGAGGUUGCUCAUCUUGGUUUCAUUUCUGGUAUUGGUAGAAGGCUUCUUGCAUCAGAAGGGAAUAAUGAAUACUGCACUAAAAAGGGAAAGGUCCCUUUGUUGUCUACUGAGGCAUUGCAUCAUUUGCAUAUCUUUAUCUUUGUAUUGGCUAUUGUCCAUGUCACAUUUUGUGUUCUCACCAUUCUUUUCGGCGGUAUAAAGAUUCGUAUGUGGAAGCACUGGGAGGAUUCUAUUGCGAAAGAUAAAUAUGAUACUACAAAGCAUCUGAACAAGGUCACACAUGUCCAUCAACAUGCUUUUAUCAAGGACCAUUUUCUCAUUUGUGGGAGAGAUUCAGCAAUACUAAGCUGGUUUCAUUCAUUCUUCAAGCAAUUUUACGGGUCUGUGACCAAAUCAGACUAUAUCACAUUGCGUCUAGGUUUCAUUACGACACAUUGCAGGGGAAACCCCAAGUUCGAUUUUCACAAGUACAUGGUUCGAGCUCUUGAAGCUGAUUUUAAGAAGGUCGUCGGCAUAAGUUGGUAUCUUUGGAUAUUCGUGGUCAUUUUCUUGUUGCUGAAUGUAGAAGGUUGGCAUACAUAUUUCUGGAUAGCUUUCAUCCCCCUCGUUCUGCUACUUGCGGUCGGAGCAAAGCUGGAACACGUUAUAUCUCAACUGGCUCAUGAAGUCGCUGAGAAACAUAUAGCCAUAGAAGGGGACUUGGUAGUUAAGCCCUCAGAUGAGCACUUCUGGUUCAGUCGCCCCCGUAUCGUUCUCUUUUUGAUACAUUUCAUCCUCUUCCAGAAUGCUUUUGAAAUUGCAUUUUUCUUCUGGAUAUGGGUCCAAUUCGGGUUUGACUCUUGCAUUAUGGGACAAGUUCGCUAUAUCAUCCCAAGACUUGUUAUCGGGGUCUUUAUUCAAGUACUCUGCAGUUACAGUACCCUCCCUCUUUACGCCAUUGUAACACAGAUGGGAAGUUCGUUCAACAAGGCUAUAUUCGAUGAGCAUGUACAAGUAGGAUUGGUCGGGUGGGCACAGAAAGCAAAGAAGAGAGGUUUGAGAGCAGCAGCUGCAAAUGGCUCAACUCAAGGUGGUACUACACAUCAAGGAGGGUCAAGAGAAGGUUCUUCUACCACUGCUCAUAUUCUAAUGGGCCGUAUGGGACGACAACCAGAACCUGCACAGGAAAUCGCGAAGGAAGAUGGUGAUAUCGCACUAAUCGACCCGUCAACACGACGAGGUGAACCGUAGAUUUGAGUCUGACAACGUCGACGAUUUUUUAACUAGUUAAUUGUCUCUUUUCAAUUGUUGUGUUGGUGAAAAUCCUUUGUUAUAGAUAGAACCAUCACAAAGUGAAAUAUAGUUUGUGUUUUUGCUCUAAGUAGCUUGUAAUAUCAAAUGUAUAUCAUCAAUAUUUGAAGUAUUGAUAAAUGUGAGUUUUGGUGGAUAAAUUCAGCAAUGGCUGUUACUGAAAUUAACGUCUUACGACUUGUUUA